AUGCUGGUGCACACUUACUCCCCCAUGGUGAGUGGUCUGGGUCCCGGGGUGCGGGGGCGGCAGGACCCCGAGUGCUGGACCUUCCAAACCUCCUCCUACAACGAAAGCUCAGAGCGAGGGGGCCGCAGGGGCUCCCUCCGACAGCUAAAAUCGGCCAUGGAUGAAUCGGGAAUGAUCCUCCUGGACCAGUCUGUGAUCAAGAAAGUCCCCAUCCCUUCCAAAGCCAGCAGCCUCUCAGCCCUCUCACUGGCCAAAGAUGGCCUGGUUGGCGGCAUCACGAACCCCAGUGAGGUCUUCUGCUCCGUGCCAGGCCGGCUUUCACUGCUCAGCUCGACAUCCAAGUACAAGGUGACAGUGGGGGAGGUCCAGCGCCGACUCUCACCUCCCGAGUGCCUCAACGCCUCACUCCUGGGUGGUGUCCUUCGCAGGGCCAAGUCCAAGAAUGGAGGCCGGUGCCUGCGGGAGCGGCUGGAGAAGAUUGGGCUCAACUUGCCAGCGGGCCGUCGCAAGGCCGCCAACGUGACGCUGCUCACUUCGCUGGUGGAGGGAGAGGCUAUACACCUUGCCCGAGACUUCGGCUACAUCUGUGAGACCGAGUUCCCAGCCAAGGCAGCUGCAGAGUACCUGUGCCGACAGCAUGCCGAGUCUGGGGAGCUGCACAGCCGCAAGAACAUGCUCCUGGCUGCCAAGCAGAUCUGCAAGGAGUUUGCAGAUCUGAUGGCUCAGGACCGCUCGCCACUGGGCAACAGCCGCCCAGCACUGAUCCUGGAGCCCGGAGUGCAGAGUUGCCUGACACACUUUAGCCUCAUCACCCAUGGCUUUGGCGGGCCAGCCAUCUGUGCUGCCCUCACUGCCUUCCAGAACUACUUGCUGGAGUCACUCAAGGGGCUGGACAAGAUAUUUCUAAGUAGUACAGGCAGUGGGCAUGGCGACACCAAGACUUCAGAGAAGGAUGCCAAGCAUCGGAAAUAACCAUUUCCCCGGCCCCUCCCUAAUCGGCUCCCAAGGCCUGAAGAAAUGAGGUCUUAGCUCCUGGGGGUGGGCCUGCAAGGAUUAAAAGGUGGGGUUGGAGUCAGGCCAGAAAGAGAAGAUCCAUCCAGAA